AUGAAAGGAAAGCAUUUUGCUGAUGUUGCUGAGGUGAAGAAAAAAACGACGGAGGCGCUGUCAAGCAUUACAAAAGAUGAAUUUAAACAAUGUUUUGAAAAAUGGAAUAAAAGAUUAGACAAGUGUUUUAGUGCAAGUGGAGGGAUUUGGAAUGUGGGUGAGAACUUCAACGAAUAUUACCAUGGUAAACUAAAUUUGGCUAACCAAGUUAGAAUUGAAGAGGAAGAAGAAAUAGUGGACCAGACUGCUCACAAAGUUGCUCUAUGUGAAGUUGUCAGGCAAACGGGAGCACAGAGCGAUAUUGUAGCAGUAAACUACGCCGACUCAAGCAACGAUUCUGUAGUGGGGCACUGUAUGAAUGUAGUAGUGAUCGCCCGGCCUAAUCGUAAGAUUAAAAGAAACACGUCGCCUAAAGACUGUAGGAAAUCAGAACUACAUAGAUCCAGCGAAGCCGGUAGUGGUAUCGCUUGUACUCCGCAAACUUCGACAGUUGGAAAACGUUCCCGGCUACGGAUGUCAUUGGAAAAUACCUUCCGUGACUAUUGCGUCUUAGUAACGGAAGAAAAGGAACAAGAAUAUUUUCUUGAGAUGGAAUUACACCAAAUGAAUCAUUUUGUAAAACAAAUUCAGAGCUAUUUAGAACUAACAGGUUAUUUUAGAAAAUUUAUACCAAAUUUUGCCUUGAUUACAAAACCUUUUUAUAAUCUCGCGAAGAAAAAUGCACCUUUUAAAUUUGGUGAAGAAAAACUAAAAGCCUUCGAGAUAUUAUACGAUAUGUUGAUAAGCCAACUGAUAUUAUCUAUAUAUAAUGCAACUGCACAGACAGAAUUACACACAGGUGCGAGCUCAUACAGGUAUGGUGCAACAUUAUUGCAGCAGCAAGCUGACCGUCAUAUGCACCCAAAUAAUCACGUUCUUGGGAAAUGCUUGAGUAUAAGUGUGCAGGUUACAAGUACGUACAUAUGUAUGCAGAAAAGUUUAAGCAAGUCUAGAUACCUGCAAUGGGGCAGUUACCCUGCGAUAUCUGUAAAUAAUGAUAUAUUUCCUAAUGAUAUGGAUCCUAAGCGUAAUCAUACUAUUAUAGUUUCUGCAAUUACAACAUUUAAACCAAAACUUACUGCAAUUGUACCGGUUUAUGGACCAGAUACUGGAGAUUGGUUUGUUGGAGCAUAUUUGUCUCAUUGGGAUGAGAAAGUGCAGCAACAGGGGCUUGGCCAUAAAUGCCACUAUUGUAGUAUAGGUUCUGUAGCCAUAUGGACACAAACCAAUAGUAUUGAAAAUAUACCUAUUGGUUACCAACAUACAUUAAGAACAAAAUAAACUACUUCUUAUUACAAGUAAAGAAUGUCAUUAUUGUAUUCAUUUAAAAUAAAAAUUAGCGUUAUUAAUAUAUUAAAUUCUCUCUUAGAAUAUACAUAUUUGGGUUGUAAUUUCACUGUUUAUAAGUCUCACGGUAUACAUGAGGUUUGCAUUAAAAAUAUGGCUUUACAAGGACGUUCCCUACCUGUUUUCAAUAACUCUGAACAAAAUGUAAUUGGAAGUGUAACUAUGUUAGGUUCAUACACCUUUACAGAGUCUUCUCCUUAUGAAGACUGUUAUUACGAUUUGAUGAAUAUUUCAGACAAUAUUAUUGAAGUAAAUGUAACAGUAUGUAAAUGUCCAAUCAGAAUAACAGAAAAGUCGUUUGUAAGACAAUAUUUGGAUGCACCUUCAUUUUCUAAAGCACUAGCUCAAUUACACAUGAAAGAUCUAACAAAACAUCGUUUGCAUCGCGAUGAAAAUAAAAAUAACGAGUCAUUUCAUAAUGGGGUUGAUCUUAUGAAAAAUCAAUUCCAUAUACCAGAUGAAAAUUUUGAUGAUCCAUGUGUCCCAAGAUAUCAACUUGCCCGAAUAAAGCACUCACAAACAUUCUCUGGUGUCUAUCUGUUACAUGCUAGAGAAUGUUUAAUUUCUUGGGUAAUCUUAACUGAUAUACAUCCAGUAGUACCACAAUUUAAUAUUUUACCAUUAGUAGAUAUUGGUACACUUGAUAUAAGUGUUCAUUUGGAAAUGGAUAAAGUUUCAACAAGACAGCUAGUAAAAGUUAUACUUUGUGUUCGUCGUGGGCGAGUUCCAGAUAGAAUUAAGGGUAAUAUUGUAUGCGAGGAUUCAGAAAUGUUAAUGAAUUUAUCUUCGUUCGAUAAACAUGACGGAAGUUUAUUAAUACCGUAUCCACAGUCAGAUACUUGGUAUGUUACUUUACAUGCAACAUGUUACUUUAAUGAAAAACCCGUAAAUUGUGAAAUGGAAGAAAUUUUAGUAUCGCUGGAUAUACGAACUAGGUAAUGUGUGUUUCCUGGAAAUUAUCCAUGUGGUCAUCGUGGAAUUUGUCAAGAAAUUCAUCGAGAUAUUCUAUAUUAUACAACGUGUAAAUGCUUUGAAGGAUACAAAGGUUGGGGCUGUGCUGAUGCUACUAGUGCCAAUCCUGAAUUCUCUCUUCUUAUAACAACAAUGAUGCUCACUUUAAGUAAUGGUUUUUUCAUACCUGCUAUAUAUUUAGCUGUUAAGUGCGGAUUAUAUACUGAGGGAUUAGUCUAUUUGGCAACUAUGCUUUCUUCGUCUCUGUACCAUGCUUGUGAUCAGCAUAUUAUGACUUAUUGUGUUGUUAAAUAUGAAGUUUCUUCAAUUUUUUUUUAA